AUGCCUGUUGCCGAAGUGCGGAGUUUAUUUCAAACAAGAAUAACUGAAAAUCCGGAUCACGGAUUUCAUCCAUUAGACUUUGACCGUACAAAAGAUGAAAAAUAUAUACGUAGAGUCCUUAAACAUUGUUCUGAAGACCCUAAACAAGCUGCCGACAUGCUUUGGGAUAUAUUAACUUGGCGUAAAACUGUUGGAGCCAGUGAUAUAAAUGAAUCUAAUAUUAAAAUGGAUUAUGUAGAAGAAGGUAUAAUAUUUCCACACAGCAGAGAUGUUGAUGGUUCUCUCUUACUCAUAAUAAAAUCCAAAAAACAUGUCAAGGGUACUAAGGAUUUUGAUGAAAUUAAAAAAAUAAUUAUAUACUGGUUUGAUCGUAUGGAAAGGGAGGAAAAUGGAAAUAAAAUAUCAUUAUUCUUUGAUAUGGAUGGUUGUGGGCUUAGCAAUAUGGACAUGGAACUUAUACAAUAUUUAAUAUCACUUUUCAAGUAUUACUAUCCCAAUUUCUUGAACUACAUAAUUAUUUUUCAAAUGCCAUGGGUUUUAUCAGCUGCAUUUAAAAUUGUCAAGUCACUUCUGCCUGCACAAGCAAUUGAAAAAUUAAAAAAUGUUAACAAAGACUCGUUAAAAAAUUUUGUCCUCCCUGACCAGGCUUUAACUUGCUGGGGCGGUACAGAUAACUAUGAAUAUGAAUUUAUACCAGAAAAUCGUGUUACCCCAGAACAUACGCCUAAAAAGGUCACAUUUGCACAGCAAAAUGAUAUAAAACCGACAGGUGAUAUGCUUAAGAUACAGCCGAGUAAUUUGAUUGUGUUUAAAAAUGAAAAUGAUGAUAUAACUGGGCAAUUUACAAUCACAAACAAUGAUCCUUCUGUUAUAUCUUUUAAGAUUCGCACAACAUCUCCAGAAAAAUUCAGAGUACGGCCAAGUUCAGGUGUUUUAGCUGUGGGAGCAUCCCAAUCAGUCAUGAUUGUGGUUCAACCAGGGUUCCAACUGAAAAACGUGUCCAAAGAUAUGUUUCUCGUCAUGUGUAUGCAAGUACCGAAAACUGAUCUAUCCCAGAAAGAGUUGAGUGAAAUUUGGCAGAAUAAUUCUGGAAACAAAGUUGAUGAAUACCGUCUGAAAUGUCAAUUCCCUAUAUUAGAGGUUAAGAAUGGGAAUGUUCUAGAUAAAGCUGACAAAUAUGAUUCAGUCACAAAUGCUUUGAAUAAUUUGCAGAUAAACUAUGAGAUUUUACACAAACAAGUUGAGAGAAUGAAGAUGUUUCAGUUUUUGACAUUGUUAUUAUCUAUUGUUGCCGUUGUAUUGGGAUACCUGGUAUAUAUGAAUACUCAUGAAGAUAGGUAUUGUGAACAAAUUUAA